AUGGGAAACUGUUGCAAACCAGCUUCGUUAAUGGAGUGGGGUGGAGAGGAUUGGGAAUCGUUGAAGGUGUUUGAAGAAGUUGUUCAUCUUGAUCAUCAUCAGAAUAAGGAGAAUGAUGUAUUAGGAAAGCUUAGAGCUUCUUGUGAUGUAAAUGGGAGAGUCACGUUGAAGAUUUCAAAGUGUGAAUUAGCGGAAUUAUUGAGAGCGAUGCAACAGAAUAAUAAUCAACAGAAGCAGAUGAAGAAGAAGAAGCAAUUAGGUUCCGCAGAACAAGUUCUUUAUCGGUUAAUAAAAGCUAGGGACCAAGAAAUUAGAUUCAAAAUUCUUGUACAAAACCAGAGUGAAGAGAAGAUCAUGGUUCUGCGAAUAGAUGAAGGUGGCGAAUAUACAUCAAAGAUGUUUGAAGAGUUUUAUGAAGAACAUGGUGUUAAUCAUGAGGUAAAUACUCCUUACACGCCUCAACAUAAUGGAAUAGCAUAA